UUACUUAUUUCGGGGUGGGAUGAAACGGGCGGUACUGUGUGUCAUUUGAAUGGUAAGCCAAGAAGGAAGGUGGGUAAGAACUGUUCUGAUGAGAAGAAGAAGAGGAUUUAUGCAACUGGAUCUGGCGCGAAUCAGGCUGUUUGUUUUCUGGAAUAUAAGUUGGAUUAUAAUUGAGAUUCCAGCAAUGGAAGCUGCAAAGCUGGCGAAAUCUGCAAUCUGCUAUGCUGCAUUUGGAGCUUAUGAAUGUGGCGAUUUUGUUAGUGUUUUCCUGAUAAAUGAGGAUGGAUGGAAGACGCUCAUUUCUGGGGAUGAUAUGGAAGAGCGGCAAUUGGAGAAUAUCGAAAUGUUGAGAAGACAAUAUGAUCGCCCAAUCGUGGUUCGCAUUCCUCGGCAGGGGGAAGAUGAAUAAUCUCUACCCCUUACCAUGUCACAAACAUUAAUGAUCACGAUGUAGUUUGUUUUUAAUUUGGCUGUUGAUGAUUUUGAUAUCUAGCGUUCUUUCAAAAGUUUUAGGACAUUGUUUCCUACAAAGCA